CGUUUGCUAGUUGAGAUGAUGGCGACUGGGACGCCGGAUUCGCAAGCCCGAUUUGGUCAGUCGGUGAAGGGGCUUCUCACGGAGAAGGUGAACACUUGCGGUACCGACGUAAUCGCGCUCACUAAGCAGGUGCUGAAAGGCUCGCGGAGCUCCGAGCUGCUGGGGCAGGCGGCUCGAAAUAUGGUACUACAGGAAGAUGCCAUCUUGCACUCAGAAGAUAGUUUAAGGAAGAUGGCAAUAAUAACAACACACCUUCAGUACCAGCAAGAAGCUAUUCAGAAGAAUGUUGAACAGUCGCCUGACCUGCAGGACCAGUUGAGUCAUUUGCUCAAGUAGCGUGUCAACAGUAGUUGACUUCUUUGCCUGAUGCGGAGGAGAAUGUAUCCUACACAACCAUCAGGCUGUGGCCUUGGUUUUUAUUUUCAUCUCCAAAAAAAAAAAAAAAUCGUCCAGAAAAGACUUGUGAAAAGAAGAAGCCAAGUGACUGAACAUGGAAGCAGAUCUUAAAAUGGAUUAAUUCAUCUUCAAGUUGUUUUAUAGGUUGAAUCAUUAGCACUAAAAAAAAGAAAGAUACCUUAGCUUGUUAAAA